AAACGUGGGGGGAGGUGCUGGCGAGAGAAAGAGAACUUGCGUGAGGAGGAGGAGAAACCAAAUUUAACAUUUGGCGUGGAAAUGGGAUUUUUUUUUUUUUUUGCAUCCUCCAAGCAAGUAAAGUGAAAUCAAUCAACAUUAUCCUCCCUCCCCUCGGCAAGUGAGGAUUACUUUCUCCUUGGGUAAAGGAAGAGAACUGAAGCAGGCAGAAAAUGCUAAAUGAUUACAGCUCUGCAGCAACCGGUGUCUCCCACCCCCAUGAAGGAACACUUUUUAAUUGAAUGGACCACCGAAGCUAUUUUUAAAGGGAGGACAGCAAGAAUGAGGGACAGGAAACAGAGAUUAUUACAAGAUAAUGAAUAUAGUUCCUGUGCUAUACAGCGUUUAAAUGCAGAAUUAGAGGCAAAAACGGCUGAUCUGGUUCGACAAGCUGAGGAAGUAAUAAGAGAUCAGCAAGAAGUACGAUCUCAGUCUAUUUCAACACAAAUUAAAUCAUAUGAAGAGGAAGAUGAUUACAGUUUAAGACAUCCAUUAUUGUCUGAAGGGACAGUUGAUUUACGUUCAGAAACUAAGCCAAAGACCAACAACGUUGAUCCAAUAAACAAAGUUCAAAACAAAUUACACUCUGCAAGUAAAGGAAGGAAAUCAAAUUCAAGAGUAAAAUUGAAAUACUCUGAUGUACAAACUGCCAGCGAUGUUGCCAUUCCAGAGGAUUUCUCAGACUUUUCUCUUGCAAAAACAAUUAGCAAAAUUGAAGGGCAACUGGAAGAAGAAGGCUUACCUGAUUAUAUAGAUGAUGGUAUUUUUUGUGGUGUUAGUGAAGACAUUGGAACAGAAGCACAGAUCAGAUUUCUGAAGGCCAAACUCCAUGUUAUGCAGGAGGAAUUGGAUAAUGUUGUAUGUGAAUGCAAUAAAAAGGAGGAUGAAAUUCAGGAUUUAAAGUCUCAACUGAAAAAUUCUGAAGGAGAUUGUAUGAGACAGCAGCGGACAAUUAAUUUGCAACAGUCUCAAACAGAAAAGUAUAAAACUCUUUUUGAAGAAGCAAGCAAGAAAUGUGAUGGAUUACAGCAACAGUUGUCUUCAGUAGAAAGGGAAUUAGAGAAUAAAAGAAGACUACAAAAACAAGCUGCCGCUAGUCAAAGUGCCAUGGAAGUUCGCUUGAAUAGAGCUCUAGAAGAAGCAGAAAAGUAUAAACUGGAGUUAAGUAAACUAAAGCAAAAUAACAAGGAUAUAGCAAAUGAAGAACACAAAAAAAUUGAAGUGUUAAAAUCAGAAAACAAGAAGCUAGAAAGACAAAAAGGAGAAUUAAUGAUAGGGUUCAAGAAACAAUUAAAAUUAAUCGAUGUUUUGAAAAGGCAGAAGAUGCAUAUUGAAGCUGCCAAGAUGUUGUCUUUCACUGAAGAGGAAUUUAUGAAGGCACUCGAAUGGGGAAAUAAGUGAUCUACCUUUUAACCUAUAGCCUGGUGGAUAUACCCUUUAUUUAACUUAAGUUGUAAUGGUUUGAAUUAUUUUUACUCUAAGAAAUGAAGAUACUUGAUAAAUCAAAAUAAUUCCAAAUUCCCUGUGUAGAUCUGGGUAUGUAAAAUUGAUAUCUAUUACAAAAUGGAAAUAUUUUAUAAAAAAAAGCAAUAGGAAUUUAACUUUUGAUAUCUUUCUUACGACCAUCUAGCCCUUUUUCAACUGCACUUAUGUUCUAGAGAUGUAACUCUAGGUUUUAAAUGAUGUUUAUAUGAGAGAAACUGUUUGUGUUCUUACUGACAAUUAAGUGCAUUCGCUAGUAAAGCACGUUGAAAUUCC